AUGAGACAUGAUAAAGGUAUGGACAAUCAAAUUGAAUUUAGUAUUGUAUAUAAGAAUCAUUGUAAUAACAUUAAUAAUAAUAAUAAUAGUAAUAGAUUAUCAACAAUCUAUAAAUCAUAUGUCUCACCUAUAUUUAAUCCAACAUUCUCUAGAGAAAAUGUCAAAAUAACAACAACAAACAAUUUUAAACCAAACAGUAAAUUAUUUAAUAACAACAAUAACAAUAGUAAUAGUAAUAGUAAUAAUAAUAAUAAUAAUCAAAAUAAUUAUAAAAGUAAAUCGAAAUCAUAUAUAGCUAUUUCAGGAGUGGGUGUUGUCUCGAUUUGUAUUGGUGGUUUAUUUAUUUUCAAUUUCGGAAGUGAUGCACAACUUUUAAAUGUGGUUCAUUGUCAAGAUGCCACUACUACAGGUACUGUUGCGGAAAGCACUGCUAUCCAAUUGGACGAAGAAGCUUCAACCAUUUCAAUUGAUACCGAUUCAAUCGUUGCGGAACUAGAGCAACAAUUAACAAAUAAUCAGAUAUUCUGGAAGUUGAUUCGCCCCGAUAUCUGGGUGUUGUCACUCGGCAUCGCACAACAGGCGAAUGCACAGACCACUGCCAUGGCACAGGAAGCACUCGGCAACAUUAGAACGGUGGUGGCGUUUGCUAGUCAGGAUACGGAAUCGUCGAGAUUCGCUCAACGCUCACAAGAGUCAUUGGAUCUCGCAACGGAUGCCGGUGUUCAAAUCGGUAUUUUCCAGGGUGUGACUUCGCUGGCGUUGAAUGCCGUCAGUCUUCUUGUCUACUGGUACGGAGGAACGUUGGUGUCGGCCGGCACUAUCACCUCUGGUCAACUGACAUCGUUUAUACUGCACACCAUGUCGAUGCAAAAUUCAUUCAGUCAACUAUCGAUCUUGUUCACCCAGCUAUCGAAUGCAUCCGGUGGAAUGUCGCGUGUCACCGAGUUGCUGAAUCGCUCCACUCUGAUUCCACGUCGUCCAGGACUGAGACUCUCCCACAUCAAAGGAAGAAUCGAAUUUGUCAACGUCGGUUUCCGUUAUCCAAGCAGAGAGCAUGUUCAAGUGCUGAAUAAAUUCAAUCUCACCGUCAAGCCAGGACAAGUAGUGGCAUUGGCUGGCCAAUCCGGUGGUGGAAAGUCGACUGUUGCCGCACUGCUAGAACGCUUCUACGAGGCCAACGAAGGUGAAAUCUUGGUGGAUGGUGUUCCAAUUACACAGUUAUCAGCCGAUUGGCUGAGAAAUCACAUUGGUAUAGUCAACCAGGAGCCUGCACUCUUUGCAACUAGCAUCCUCGAUAACCUGAGAUAUGGUAAACCCGAUGCCACCGUCGAAGAGAUUGAAGAAGCCUGUCGACAAGCCAAUGCACAUCACUUUAUUUCAUCGUUCCCAAAUGGAUAUUCUACGAUGGUCGGUGAGAAGGGUGUUCAACUCUCUGGUGGACAGAAGCAGCGUAUUGCAAUUGCAAGAGCGAUCUUGAAGAACCCAAGAAUCUUGAUUCUCGACGAAGCUACCAGUGCACUCGAUUCAGAGAGUGAAGGACUGGUACAGGAUGCACUCACUCGUUUGAUGGCUGGACGUACCACACUCGUCAUUGCACACCGUCUCUCCACGGUGCAGAACGCCGAUGCUAUUGCAGUCAUCGCCAACGGUAAAGUAGCAGAAUUUGGUACACAUACCCAGCUAAUGUCAAAGAAUGGACAAUACUAUAAUUUAGUUCAAAGACAAUUACAACAACAUCAAUAA